UCCAGCACAUAUUACUAUCAAAAGCAAUACAUAGAACUGCAUUAUAACAAACAAGAAUGGCCUCACAAAGCCUCUUUUUUCUUCAUGUUUUAGCCAUUUUUUCCCUAACAAGUCUUGCAUUUUCAGCCUCUCUUUCUCCUUAUUACUACUACAGAAUUUGUCCCAAGGCUUUGCCAACUAUUAAAAGGGUGGUUGAGGAUGCAGUUCGACAGGAGAGGCGAAUGGGAGCCUCUUUACUGCGUCUACAUUUUCAUGAUUGUUUUGUUAAUGGUUGUGACGCUUCUAUUCUUCUAGAUCAAACAGCCACUAUUGAUAGCGAGAAGACUGCCCUUGCUAAUAACAAUUCCGCCAGAGGAUUUGAAGUAAUAGACAGAAUCAAGUCAGAGGUUGAUAAAGCUUGUGGACGUCCAAUUGUAUCUUGUGCAGAUAUUUUAGCUGUUGCAGCUCGUGAUUCAGUGGUUGCGUUAGGAGGACCAUCAUGGAGAGUGCCACUAGGAAGAAGGGAUUCAACUACAGCCAGCAGAGCACAAGCUAACAAUGAUAUUCCAUCCCCAUUUAUGGACUUACCUUCACUUAUCAACAAUUUCAAGAAUCAAGGCUUAAAUCAGAAAGACCUUGUUGCACUCUCUGGUGGCCAUACAUUAGGAUUUGCUCAGUGUUUCACCUUCAGGGAUCGCAUUUACAAUGACACUAAAAAUAUUGAUUCUAAUUUUGCAAGACAAAGACAAUCUAGUUGUCCACGAUCAGGAGGUGAUUCCAAUCGUGCACCCCUUGAUCCAACUCCAGCAUUUUUUGACUCAAAGUAUUUUAGUAAUUUGGUAGCAAAGAAAGGGCUUUUGCGAUCUGAUCAAGCUUUGUUUAGUGGAGGUCAAACUGGUAAUCUUGUUAAUACUUAUAGCGCAAAUCGUUGGAUUUUCUCCAAGGAUUUUGCUAAUUCGAUGAUUAAGAUGGGUAAUAUCAAGCCAUUGACUGGGAGCCGAGGUCAGAUUCGGGUGAAUUGCAGGAAGGUGAACUAAGAGAUGUUGACUAUGCUGAAGAAAUCAAUCAAGUGUUUAAAGAAUUUUACUGCUUUUUUUUUUUCUUUUCGAAUUAUUUGAGCUUGUUGUGAAGAUGAAUGAGUUUGUAAUAAAGUUCAAGAACCCCUCUGUUCCAUGUCUUGCUAGCUGCUUUGAAAAUUGAUUGCUUUUGUCCGAGUAUAAUUUGAUAUGCUAAUGGCAUUGUAAGUUCAUAAUUUAUAUUGAUGAGUAAAUUCAAGGUGCCGUGACGGA